AAAUAAAAAAUAAAAAUAAAAAAACACAAUCUGCAAUCCAAAAAAGACAAUUCCGAAAACAUGCGUGUGGUUCGGAUAGAUCUCAAGAUUCUUCUAUCUUAACUCCUCGAUCUCUCUCUCUCGUCUUCGGUAAGAGAUUCUCAUCUCCCAGCUUUGUUCCUUACUCUCUGAAGUUUAGAUUCCAACGAUGAUCCUUGAUCGAUUGAAUUCAUUUUGUCUCCUUGAUCCUCUCUGAUUCUUCCUCACUAAAGACUGUUGAUCUGAAGCUAAGCUCUGAUGGGUUCUGUAAUGAGCUUAAGCUGUUCCAAGAGGAAAGCAACGAGCCAAGACGAGGAACCCUCAAACUCAUCUCGCAAAAGACGAAAGUUAUCCUCUUCAAACGAUGAAGAAGACUACAACUGCAGAUUGAUUCCUAACCUCCCUGAUGAGUUAUCUAUACAGAUUCUCGCUAGGCUCCCAAGAAUCUCCUACUCGAGCGUUCGGCUAGUCUCACGGAGGUGGAGAUCAGCUGUAUCCACCUCCGAGGUCUAUGCUCUAAGGAAAGAGCUUGGUAUAACCGAGGAGUGGCUCUACGUGCUUACCAAAGGCCAAGAUGAUAAGCUUCUAUGGUACUCUUUGGAUCCUGUCUCCACUAGAUGGCAGAGACUGCCUCCAAUGCCUGUUAUCGUCUACGAAGAGGAGUCUAGAAGAAGCUCAUGGAACCUCAAAGUCGGUGAGAUUGUGAGGAGCCUGCUCGGUAGAAGAGACGCUUCUGAGCAGAUGCCCUUCUGCGGAUGUGCUAUUGGUUCUGUCGACGGGUGUCUCUACGUUCUAGGAGGUCUCUCCAAGUCUAAAACCGUGAGCUGUGUGUGGAGAUUCGAUCCUAUUAUCAACUCGUGGAGCGAAGUGAGCUCUAUGCUGGCCAACCGUGCUUACUCCAAAACAGGAGUGUUGGACGAGAAGCUCUACGUUGUUGGAGGCGUUGACCGUGGACGUGGAGGCUUAUCUCCUCUUCAGACAGCUGAGGUUUACGACCCAACCACCGACGUUUGGUCUGAAGUCCCCAGCAUGCCUUUCACUAAGGCCCAAGUGCUGCCCAACGCGUUCUUGGCUGACUUGCUGAAGCCCAUCGCCACGGGGAUGACUUGCUACAACGGUAGGUUAUGCGUGCCUCAGAGUCUUUACUCGUGGCCUUUCUUUGUGGACGUUGGAGGUGAGGUUUAUGAUCCGGAGACUGAGCUUUGGGGGGAGAUGCCAUCUGGGAUGGGUGAAGGUUGGCCCGCGAGGCAGGCGGGGACGAAGCUGAGCGUUGUGGUGGAUGGGGAGCUGUAUGCUUUUGAUCCUUCUAGCUCGAUGGAGAACGGGAAGAUUAAGGUUUAUGAUCAGAAGGAAGAUGCUUGGAAAGUUGUUAUAGGGGAAGUGCCUGUUUAUGACAUGACGGAUUCGGAGUCUCCUUAUUUGCUUGCUGGGUUUCAUGGGAAGCUUCAUUUUAUUACUAGAGAUCAUAACCGUAACGUUACGGUGUUGAGAGCUGAUGUGCCUGACGUAUCAGGCUCUAGCUCUAGCUCUAGCUCUAGCUCCAAGUGUGUUUUGGGUUCAGGUUCUUUGAAGGAGAAGGGUGAUGCAGUUAACAAGUCAGAUACUGUUAUUUGGAAGGUUAUUGCAAGUAAGGACUUGGGUGCUGCUGAGCUUGUUAGCUGCCAAGUUAUAGAUAUUUGAAAAGCAACAUUGACACUGAGAAAAUCUUGUGUGUACAGCCAAAGUUUGAAGGUUUAUGAUAUGUUAUUCCCAAAGAUAUUUUUUUUAAAGUAUAAUUCUUCAAUUAUGAUAUACAAAUUCUGUAUACUUCUAGCUUUGGCUGUGGCAUGUAAGCUUGAGCAAUAAAAAGUUGUGAAACAAUAUAUAGAUAUGGUCACUGUAUUCUUGA